AUGGAAUGGGAACCAUUGCUGGAUAUUAAUCGUUCAUACAGAAUUAGAGUUACUUUCUUGUAUGAUCAAAUUUCAUUAGCUGUUGAUGAUUUGACUCCAGUAAUUUUCAAACUGCCAUCCGCAGUCAUCAAUUACCCUCUUAAACUUGACACACCGAUAUAUCUGGGAUACAUACCGAUGCAGCAGUCUCUUCGAUUGCAUUCAAUGCAAAUAACAUUAAAUAACUUUACGGGUUGUCUGUCGGAUAUUCUUAUUAAUGGACGUAAAAUAUCUGAAGAAAAUAUGAAAUUUCUGGGCAAUAUUGUUUAUUGUUCACAAAAUACAUGCGUGAAGAAUUGUUCGAAUGAUAGUUGGUGUCAUUUAAAUGAGAUCGAUACUAAACCGAUAUGUCAUUGUAUUCAACAUUUUAAUGGUCAACUUUGUAAGCGGCAAAUAUGUGAAAAUAGUGAAAUCUGUGAUGAUAAUUCAUCGAGUAUCAAAAUAAUCAAUGACGAACAAUUAAAUAUGAAGUCGAAUCAUACAGUUCCAUUGUUCGUCGGUGAUGGUAUUUUAAUGAAAAAGAAUUUAAAGAUGAAUGUGAAAGAAGAGCUAGAAUUAGAAAUAUUGCUAAAAGCAAUGGAUUCAGAUGGUCUGGUAUUCUAUUGGACCAAUUUGGACACUAUAACAGGACAAUAUAUAGAUGGCCAUUUUAUAGCAUUAGUGUUAAUCAAUUCACAGCCAUAUUUCUUUUGGAAUCUUGGCUCUGGAAUCGUCUAUAGCAGGUCCACUACAUCAGUUUUGAACGAUCGGUUUCAUUUGAUCCUUUUCCGAAAAUACUUAUUCCGUAAUUCAUUUCAAGUUGAUAACGAGCAGACUGUAACCCAAAUUUCUCAGCUUGACUAUUCAAAUUUGGACGCAAGUGAUACAGUGGCAUUCAUUGGUGGUGUUCCGAACAAAACCAUUAUACCAACUGCGAUACGAGAAUUUGCGAUACCAUUCCGAGGUGCUGUAGAACGAUUGACUAUUAACGGACGUACAUUUUAUGAACUUUUCGAGGAAUUUCAACAAAUUGGUCGUGUUCUGCAAUACAGCGCUGAGUCAUGUUUCAAUGAUAAAAGCUGUAUAUGGAAAUCGGAUGAAUAUCAAAUUUCAAAAUAUAUCCAUCAAGAUGGUGAAGAAGGAACAGAAAUGGACGAUAGCAUUUUGCUUGAUGGACGAAACAAAUAUGUAUUAGUGAAAAAAGUGGCUUCAAAAAAGCAGUCGAACAUAAUGACAGACUAUCAAUUUAUGAUCAAAACUAAUACAACAAAAGGUUUAAUUUGGUGGGAAAGUAAGAGACAUACGAUUCGUUCAGACUAUUUGGCAAUAUUUCUCAUUGGUGGACGACUUGGUUUUGCUAUAAAUUCAGGCAGUAAUUCAAAAGUUAAAAUAAUUGGAUCAAAUACAAUUGUUAAUGAUAAUCAAUGGCAUAGUAUUACGCUUUUAAGGGAAAAACGAAAAUGUUUAUUAAUUGUGGAUAAUGAAAAAGUCUUUUAUACUUUACCAUUUGGUACCACGGAACUAAUUACUGAUGGAAUUAUUUGGAUUGGUGGAAAAAAGAAAGUACCACGGAGUUUCCCAGUAAAAACACCUUACAAAGGAUGUUUACGAAACUUACGAAUUUCAUCACAAUUAAUUAACAUACGACGGGAAUCGUCAUCAAACAAAACAUUUGAAAAAUGCAAAAAUUAG